AUAAUAAGAAGAUAAUAUUGUGAGUAACAAAAAUCCAAUUAUCAUACUGAUGAAUGUGUUGGCAGGCACAUGUAAGUAUGGCGGCGGAUCGAUAGCUGGGGUGAGUGCGAAGCACAUCCCACCAUGGCGCCAUCCCUUGCCGACCUCUCCCGAGAGCUCUGCGCAGCCGUCGUCAAAUCCACCUUCCGCCCCCACCUCUCCCUCCUCGCCGCCUCGCCAUCCCUUCUCACCGCCGUCCUCCACCGCCUCUCCCCGCUCCCCUCCGCUGCGCUCGCCUUCUUCCGCGCGCUGCCUCCGCCGCACCCGCUGGACGCCUCGCUCGCCGUCCUCCGCCUCCUGGCGCCGCACCCGCGCCACCACACCGCCGCGCGGGCCCUCCUCCGGGACCUCUCCCUUCGCCACCCGCUCUCCUCCCCGCUCCUCCUCCCCUCCCUCCUCGCCGGCCCCCACGUCCCCAGCUGGCUCGUCCUCGUCCUCGCCCAGUCAGCGCGCCCCCACGACGCCGUACGGGUGUUCGACCACAUGCGCGCGCGCGGCCUCGCCCCCGACGCCCACGCCUGCACCGCGCUCCUCACAGCGCUCGCCAGGGCCCGGAUGACGGCCACCGCGCGCAGGGUGUUCGACGAAAUGGCCAGGGCGGGGCUCGCCGCCACCACGCACGUCUACAACGCCAUGCUGCACGUGUGCCUCAAGGCCGGGGACGCCGCGCAAGCCGAGGCGAUCGUCACCAGGAUGGACGCGGCCGGCGUGACCUUGGACCGAUUCUCCUAUAACACCGUCAUCGCCCUCUACUGCCGGAAGGGGAUGGGGUACGAGGCCAUGUGUGCGCGGGACCGCAUGGACAAGGAGGGGAUACGGCCGGACACUGUCACAUGGAACUCCUCCAUCCAUGGCCUGUGCAAGGAAGGCAGGGUGAAGGAGGCGGCUCAGCUCUUCACGGAAAUGGUUGCGGCACAGGCGACACCAGACAAUGUCACCUACACCACACUGAUUGAUGGGUACUGCCGCGCGGGCAAUGUUGAGGAAGCUGUCAAGCUCCGAGGGAGAAUGGAGGCCGCAGGGAUGCUCCCAGGGGUCGCCACUUACAAUGCCAUUCUCAGGAAGCUCUGUGAGGAUGGCAACAUGAAGGAAGUCCAUCGGUUGCUUCAUGAGAUGGACGGGAGGAAGGUGCAGGCUGAUCAUGUGACCUGCAACACGCUCAUCAACGCCUACUGCAAGAGAGGCGACAUGACCUCAGCAUGCAAGGUCAAGAAAAAGAUGAUGGAGUCUGGGCUGCAGCUCAAUCACUUCACUUACAAGGCUCUCAUCCAUGGAUUCUGCAAGGCCAGGGAGCUUGAUGGAGCCAAGGAAGCCUUCUUUCAGAUGGUCGAUGCAGGUUUUUCACCCAAUUAUAGCGUAUUUUCAUGGCUUGUCGACGGUUUCUGCAAGAAGAACAAUGCAGAUGCAGUGCUAGCCAUCCCUGAUGAACUUAUGAAAAGAGGCCUUCCACCAGAUAAAGCGGUAUAUAGAUCUCUGAUUCGAAGGCUUUGCAGAAAAGGGCUGGUUGAUCAGGCACAAAGAGUAUUUGACCAGAUGCAAAGCAAAGGCUUAGUCGGUGACAGUCUUGUAUAUGCCACACUCGCAUACACAUACCUGACAAAAGGAAACCCAACUGCCGCUUUGAAUACCUUGGAUGGUAUGACAAAGAACCAAUUGUACAUAACACCCCAGAUUUACAACUGCCUGUGUACUUCUUAUGCUGAUGAGAAGGAAACCCUCAAUAUGCUGUGGGUUCGUGCUAUUGAGAGAGGCCUAAUCAAGAAGAGCGUGUACAAACUGAUGCACGAAGCAAGGCUGGAAUCAACAAAGCUUACAGUUGAGACUGGGUGAUAUGCUCCUGUUUCAAGGCCAGACUAUCUAGGGGCUACACUUGAUACUUGAAUACAAUUGGAUUCAGGACAUUCAGGAUGCAACCUCUGUUUGUGUUUUCACUGAAUACCUUGAUAUUUGGGAUAUGUUAUCUGGGACUGUACUGCAGCCAGGUGAAGAUACUCAUUGCUGGCGGCUUUCAGCUUCGAGACAGUACUCGGCCAAAUCAGCUUAUGAAAACUUCUUUCAAGGCUCAGUUCAAUUUCAGCGAUGGGAGCGAAUAUGGAAGCCAUGGGUGCCAGGCAAAUGCCAUUUGCUUCUUUGGUUGGUGGUACAUAAACGGUGCUGGAUAUGUACUAGCUUGCUCUACAAAGUUUGCCGCAUCCAGUGUGCUGUCCUCACUGUGAUCAGGUCGAUGGGACAAGUGAUCAUCAGCUCACUAAUUGUGCGUUUGUGAGACAUUUUGGGUUCAAUCUCCUGCGGGGAUUUGGCCUUCGAGGUCUGUCACCUUCUGUUGAAGAUAGAUCCUUUGAUUACGGGCCAGCUAACGGACCAGUGCAGAAAUACCUCAAUUUUCUGAGCCUGGAGCCCUGGACUCUGGAAGCAUCGGAAUCUCCAUGUUUUUGAUGGUGCUGCCCCAGAAAUGGCAGGUGUAUUGCUUGCUGCUUGAGGAGGUACAACUUUGGGUAAUGGCUGGAGCCCAUAGGGUUUUCCCUCUUGAGUUACCUUACACCUAUUGAUUAUGCUUCGAUUAUGAUCAUUAGUAUUUCAGUCACAGACUCACAUGCAUGGAUGUAAAGCUAAGAAUUCACUUUCCAAAUUCAAAAGCCACUCAAUCACAAUCAGCUUGUUGAUGAGACACAAAUCAAACAUUCAAACUUUUUUUUUUUGCAAUAUUCAGUUCUGUAAGAAGUAGGUAGUAGGUGUUGUUCAUUAUUUGUUCUGAUUGUGGACCUUUUCUGUUCUCUGAUAUUUCUACAGCAUCAUGUGUUACAAAUUUGAUGCCUGGCUAACAACAUUUAUUAACCUUAGUUUUCUGUUUGUUUGGCUUCCUGGUGCGCUUGAUCGACAGGAGCAAAUAUUGAGUUCAAAACCCUCCCUUGCCGCUGCAACCUCCUCCUCAUCCGCUGCACAUACCCCGGAUGGGCCAAGUACGCCUCGCUCACUAUUUGUCGGCUGGAUGUCCGUUUCUUGCUUGUUUUCAUUCCUGUCGAAAUCCAAAUGGCGGCCUGCUGUUUCCUAAUGCUGUGGAACGCCUGCCAUUCUCGGUGAUAGAUAGCGUCGGCAACCUGGAGCUCAUGAAGCAAAUCCAAGAAAGGCAGCUGCUGCUGGUGGUCAUAUACAGAAGGUGAUAUUGAGCUAUUAAAACACAUCCGUCUAAUGAAAUGGCUCCGUGUUUGUGCAAAAAUAUAUCAUGGCCCAAGAUAAAUAGAUGGCCUCAGUUUACGUCUUCAACCUUGGAUAAAGACAAAGGACAUAUGAUUGUCAUGUAGUAGUAGUACAAUGUACAAACGAGGGCAGGUUACACCACUUGUAAAUUUUCUUGUGGACAGCUCUUACAUACACUGUCAAAAACAAAAACAAAAACAAAAAAAGGAGGAUACAGCUUUUACACCUUCACAUCAA